CUUGAUGUGAUGUAUUGGAGAAGGAUGGCCUCUCAACAAGGUGGAGGCCAGAAUCUGGCUAAAUACAUAGUACUGGUUGCACACCCUGUGUGUGCCUUUGCCCUGUACUUGCCCUAUACUUCUGGCUCGUACUUGCCAUACCUGUAUGCAUGUGGGGUUAUGGGCCUGUGCCCUGACAUCUGCAUACAGCACAGCGAUAUGUAUGCGGUGUCGGUACAGAAAAGGGAUAUGUGAUGCACGGUUAUUGGGACGACAAAGCCAUGAUAAUUGAUU